GGAGAGAAAAGCUUAUGUCGACGACAGACCUUGACAGAAAAGCUACGCCCCACCAAAACUUACCUAUCCACUGCCGACCCCGCAUCGUUUAUUCUACGAUACCUUUCCCAUUCAUUUUCGCAUCUAAUCAAUGGCUGCCGCAGCUCGAACUCUAAGAAUUGGUACCACCCCCUUCCCGUUCCUUCCGCGGAUGAGAUGGGUUGGCCGUUAAUUUCUUCCUAGGUCUCAUUCCCGGCGAUGGAAUCGGCAGAGAGGUCAUUCCUGUAAGAGCCCCACUCACAAUCCCCCCCUUCCCCCUCUUUUCCCCCCCUCAUCGGGUGCUGAGAGUUUUUUCGAGAUAGGCCGGCCGUCAGAUCCUCGAAGCUUUACCUAGUGCUUUUAACCUCAAGUUUUCAUUUGUAGACUUGGAGGCUGGGUUCGGGACUUUUCAGAAGGCUGGAAAGGCUCUGCCGGAUAAGACUGUCGAGAUUUUAAAGAGUGAUUGCGAUGGUGCGCUUUUUGGUGCUGUCAGGUAUUGUGUUCCUGAAGAUCUCGGAUCGAUCGGGUUCUGGGCUCACUCUUUCCAUCCGAUAGCUCACCCACCAUGAAGGUUGAAGGUUACUCAUCGCCAAUUGUGGCGCUGAGGAAGAAGUUGGACCUAUACGCCAAUGUUCGCCCCGUAAAGUCUGUUAAAGGGGCAGCUAUUCCCGUGGACUUGGUCAUUGUGAGGGAGAAUACUGAAGACCUUGUAUGUUGCCAUGCAUUCGCCCGGUCUUCGGGGUAAACUGCUGAGAUCUCCAAAGUACGUGAAAGAAGAGAAGACCUACACCGCAAAGGAUGGCACCAAAGUCGCUGAGGCGAUCAAGAGGAUCAGCGCCAAGGCUUCGCAGCGUAUCGGCAAGAUCGCUUUUGAGAUUGCGCUUAAGCGUGCUUCUAUUCGUGGUCCGGAUUCCGCGGUUUCUCCCCUCGUAACUAUCACUCACAAAUCCAACGUCUUGUCGCAGACGGAUGGUCUGUUCCGCGAGACCGUUCGAGCGGUAUUCCAGGAAAACCCGUCCUACUCCUCGGUUCGCUGCGAGGAGCAGAUCGUCGACUCUAUGGUCUACAAGCUUUUCCGUGAACCAUCUUACUUUGACGUUGUCGUCGCGCCAAACCUUUAUGGUGACAUCUUGUCCGAUGGUGCUGCGGCUUUGGUCGGAUCCUUGGGCUUGGUGCCUUCUGCUAACGUCGGUGAUGGAUUUGCUAUCGGAGAGCCUUGCCACGGCUCUGCUCCGGAUAUCAUGGGCAAGGGCAUCGCCAACCCCAUCGCUACAAUCCGUAGCGUGGGGCUGAUGUUGGAAUUUAUGGGUGAGACCGAGGCUGCUGGAAGGAUCUACAGGGCUGUCGACGGUAGUCUUGUAGAAGGAAAGUGCUUGAGCCCCGACUUGGGUGGCAAAGCUAAGACCCAAGAGGUGGUUGGGGACAUCCUGAAGAGGCUGUAAUACUUUUUUUUUUGUCUUCACGUGCUGCAGGGAGCGAGCCAUUAUGAUAUUUACAGAAAUUUCUUGACUUCUGCCAUUUAGAUGUCAGCGAUAAAAAGUCUAGUGGGGUUGGUCGGCGGAAGAAAUUUAUUGAUAUUAGAACAC